GAGUGCCACAGAACUAUCGAAAUGUUCCAACCAGAAGAGCACGGAUGAUCACUGUCAAGCCCAACGGCAAACUUGCAGGCUUGCUCAUGCUGAGUAGACUGCCUUAGGGUGUGGCCGUCGAUACAAAACAAACUGCUUCCCAUGUGGCAGACAUGCUUCUGUGCUCCCGUCUCCACUUACGUGGCACUGUCGUCUCCAACUGUACGGUCAUUUUUCGUCUUUGCUUCUGUGUGUUCUAUUGUGUUUCGUUUUGUUCCGUCGAGUCACUCCUUGAUCUGGUAUUCUUCGAGCCGAGUGAGGGGCUUUUGAAACGAGAUGUCUAUACUUUUUUACCGUCGUCCGGACUACCUGAACAAGCCUGCGGGUCCAAUCAACUCCACAGAGUGUGCUCGUUACGUGGAAAGAGCAAAGAAUUCCGAGCGAGCAAUUCCAAAUGGACUUUCAUUUGACGAAGUCAUCAACAACAAGGCUCUUCCACCAUGCUCCUUGAACGAUUUCAUGGACUAUUUGAUAUAUGUCGAGUACAAUGCAGAAAAUCUCCAAUUCUACCUCUGGUACAAGGACUACACCAAACGCUUCAACGCCCUUCCAGAGAAAGACAAAGUGUUAUCCAAAGAAUGGAUCCCAGAUACCAAAGCAAUCCCUGAUCUGACGAAGGAUGGUGAGAACACCGAGAAAAAGAAACCAAAGCGAGAUGGCAGUGUGGCAAAUAUCAUGGAAGCCGGUUACGCCGCCAAAGAAGCCAUCAUGUUCAGCGAAGACGAAGCACCUCUCAGUCCCAAGAGCCCUACUUUCCACAAAGGACAUAUGUCUCUGGCCACCGAUGGGACUACAACUCCAUCUCUUGCCGGCUCCUCGGCUCCCAGCGAUGCAGAGCUCGCCGCUCAAGCAGGUCUGAAAUGGCAACCAUUCACCAUCCAGCCCAUGCGCGAAGAAAUAAACCGCGUAAUGCGACACUACAUAACCUUCAGCGCACCCAGAGAACUAAACCUCUCACACAAAGACCGAGCUCUCUGUCUGCACGCCCUCCAACACACCACGCACCCCUCCGCCCUCGCUCCCGCCGUGAAAAUCGUCGAAGCCGCUCUGCGCGGCCAAUCGCACCCGAACUUCAUCCGCUGGUCCAUCUGCAACGGCAACAAACCCCGCGUCUUCUUCGUCCGCACCAUGGGCAUCUUGCACACCGGAUUCGGCUUCGUCAUCGCUAUCAUCCUGACGCUUUCGGGUGUAAGUCGAUGGUGGAGGAUUCUCGCUGCUCCGAUGUGGUUUAUCGGGUUAUCAACGUUGGUUGCUGCUUACAAGGGUCUUUGUGUAAUUCUGCAUCAUUCGCAUGCGAGGUGUCUUCGUCCCUGGGAACAGGAUCUCGAUUCCGAGCUUGGGGAAGAGAGGAGGGAUUCGUUUGCUAGUACGGCGAACCGAACUGUGCAGAUGGCUUCGAGGACGGGGAAUUAUGACGAUAUUGAUAAAGGGGAUGAUUCUAGUUCUAGUUUCAGGCCCUCGAGUUUCCAGUUCUUUGGUCCAAAGAAUAGCUUCGAUGAUGCCAGUUGGGUUGAGAAGUAUCAGAGGAAACCGUUGGUUAGGAAGGUGUUCGAUCAGCAGACUUGGACGCAAGACGAGACCUUGAGGAUUCUUCAGGAUAAGAUUGUGCUCGGGGCGAAUUUGUGGGCAAUUAUUCUUACCGUCAUUUUUACUAUUGUAUUUGUAGCACUGCCCAAGGGCAACUUUUACUGAUAAUACUUGUAUAAUCUAAUUCUUACAACUUAUC